AAUAAAACCGCCAAAUUAAAAUAAUCAUCAUGCACAUAGAAACAGGACAACCUUCUUUAUUAAUCAUCACUAGCGGCUGACCCCCCUUCAUUUUUUUUUUCCUCACAAGUUUUUUUCCAGGGAAGUAGAAGGAUUUCUAACUAUCCUUUUGAGAUUUAAGCUUGUUAGUUAGGGAAUGGAGAGGCAGAUUGUGACGGAUUCGAGUUCAUCGAAUGUUGGAGAUGGGAGUGAGGUGGUUAGGGAAUUGAUGGAAGUGAUAGAGACUGUUGGAUCCUAUGCUGAAUUCAGGAAGACCCAAAGGAAGGAGUGCUUGAAUCUGGUGAGGAGAUUGAAGCUUUUGGUGCCACUUUUGGAGGAGAUUAGGGGGCUUGAUGAAUCGGUUUCGGGUUUCGCUUUGGAUUCUCUGGGUAACUUGAGGAAAGCACUGCUGGGAGCGAAGAAGUUGUUGAAGAAUUGUAACUAUGGGAGCAAGAUAUAUUUGGCAAUGGAAAGCGAGGCGGUGAUGUGUAGGUUUCAUGCUGUAUAUGACAAAUUAAAUCAGGCUCUUGAUGACUUGCCUUACGAUGAGCUCGGAGUUCCAAUUGAAGUGAAGGAGCAAGUUGAGCUAAUGCGAAUGCAACUGAAAAGGGCAAAGAGGCGGACAGAUACACAAGAUAUGGAAUUAGCAAUGGAUAUGAUGGUUGUGUUCUCUAAAAAGGAUGACAGGAAUGCAGACAGUGCUAUUCUAGAAAGACUGGCCAACAAGCUAGAAUUACAUACCAUUGCAGACUUGAAAGCCGAGACGGUUGCUCUCAGAAAACUAAAAAAACAGAGAGGUGGACAGAAUGAAUCCAUACAGCAAAUUACAGAUCUUCUGGGAAAAUUCAAACAAAUUGCAGGGAUCGAUGAAAGUGUUUCACUAGAUGGUCCGAUUUCAACAAGAACUCUCCAGAGGUGUCAAUCUUCGAUGGUACCCAAUGAAUUUCUCUGCCCAAUUACAUUAGAGAUCAUGACAGAUCCUGUUAUUGUGGCAACUGGACAGACUUACGAAAGGGAAAGCAUUAGGAAGUGGUUAAAUUCCAACCAUCGAACCUGUCCGAAGACCGGACAAACUUUAGAUCACUUGUCUCUAGCACCAAAUUUUGCACUCCGCAACCUUAUUCGGCAAUGGUGCGAGAAGAAUAACGUUGAACUGCCUAAGAAGGAUAGAUAUGCAUCAUCUGAUAACUACUCUGCUGAACUCAUGGAAGAAAUCUCUUCAUUGGUUCAAGAUCUAUCUUCUAGUCAGCCGGAUGUGAGAAGAGAUGCCAUCGUGAAGAUCCGCAUGCUGUCGAAGGAGAAUCCAGAAAACAGGAUUUUCAUUGCCAACAAUGGAGGAAUCCCUUGUUUAGUUCAGCUAUUGCCCUAUCCAGACUCCAAGAUUCAAGAACACACUGUCACUGCCCUCUUGAACUUGUCCAUCGAUGAGACAAACAAAAGGCUUAUAGCCCGAGAAGGAGCUAUUCCAGCCAUCAUCGAGAUCCUGCAAAAUGGAACUGAUGAAGCUAGAGAGAACUCUGCUGCAGCCUUGUUUAGCUUAUCAAUGCUUGACGAGAACAAAGUUCUAGUGGGAACCUUCAAUGGAAUCCCACCAUUAGUAGAUCUUCUGCAAAACGGGACUGUCAGAGGUAAAAAGGAUGCAGCCACCGCACUCUUUAACUUGUCCUUAAACCAAGCCAACAAGUCUAGAGCCAUCAAGGCAGGUAUAAUACCACCAUUACUUCAUUUACUCGAGGAUAAAAAUCUGGGCAUGAUCGAUGAAGCACUCUCAAUCUUGUUACUCCUUGUAUCUCAUCCUGAGGGCCGAAACGAAAUCGGUCGGUUGUCUUUCAUCAAAACCCUGGUUGAAAUCAUAAGAAGUGGAACUCCCAAGAACAAGGAAUGUGCCGUGUCGGUUCUCCUAGAGUUGGGGUUAAACAAUUCAUCUCUUACCUUGGCUGCGCUUCAGUUCGGUGUGUAUGAACCCCUGAGAGAGAUCACCAUAACCGGAACAAACAGAGCCCAAAGAAAAGCUAAUUCCUUGUUGCAGCACAUGAGUAAGUGUGAACACAUACCCUGAACUUGUUCCCCAAAAAAAAUGGUUCCCAGUUCUCUGCAAGCGGUGCCUACUAAUGUUUUUGGCUGUGUAAAUCAAAAUUCGUUGUAGCAUAUUUCUUUUUGCUUUUCAGUAUGUCAUUGUAUCAUUUUGUGGCUUCACAACAUAUUAGAGAUUGUGAAUUUUGUGCCAGUACAUACUUUUGAAUCUAUGUAUCCGAGUAAUCGGAUUUGUUUU